AUGAGGUGUGAACGCAGGAAUUCUGAUUGCAAUGCUCUGGUCUACAGCAGGACUGCCUUAAGUGAGAAGAAGCCAACUGUGAAGCCCAAGUCCCCAGAAAAGAGCAAGCCAGAUGAGAAGGACCCAGAGAAGUCACCCACCAAAAAACAAGAAGUCCCUGAGGAGAAGUAUCUAACCUUGGAAGGAUUUCACAAGUUUGUUAUUGACCGAGCCAAACAAGACAUCCGUAGUGUCUGGAGGGCAAUUUUAUCCUGUGGUUAUGACCUUCACUUUGAGAGGUGCGCCUGCAUCGACGUCCGACACGCGCACAAGGCCUCGAGGAAGUGGACCCUGGAGAUGGACGUGGCGCUCGUGCAGUACGUCAACCGGCUGUGCCGCCACCUCGCCAUCACGCCCGCGCGGCUGCACCCCCAUGAGGUCUAUCUGGACCCCGCAGAUGCCGCCGACCCCAGAGUGGCCUGUCUCUUGA